AAUCAUACAAAAGAAAAACAUAUUUCAGUUCGGGAACUAUAGAUAUUGUUGAAAGGUUCACCAUGUAAAGUGUACUUUUAAUGUAAAAACUGUAGUGAUAUAUUGUUUGGAAAGGAUAAAUUGGAGACCAUGUUUAAGCUAAAUUUGAUGUCAAAUUAUACAUAAUAGACUGAACAUUACAGUGGUUUUAAGCUGUUUUUCUUAGUUGACUUGUGAAUAUUUCUAAAUUUGUUUUAGUGUGUUCAAUAGUUCAUACAGCCAUUUGUAUAACACAAAGAAAAUCAAGAUUCAUGGAUAUGAUUUUUAUUUUAUUUGAGAAAUCUCCCUGUAAGCUCACAUCAGUUGUUUGCACCACCAUUAUGGCUUUUAUCUCUGCUCUCUUUGUUUCUCAAGCUCAUGCAUCAGUUCCUGAGUUCCCUCCUUUCCUUUGAGGUUCAUUACUGAUCUGGAUAACCCAGUUCACUCAUUUAAAAGUGGACAUUAAAUGUUUGACUUAGCAAUACUGCACAUUGUGUUAUGGUGGUGCUUUCCUUUCUAAAAAACCUUUUCCUUUCUGGGUGAUACGCAUGCUGCGGGGAAAAGAGUUCAUGCUUGAGCCUUUAAGGGUUGUGAAACCUUGUCCUAGAAGUCAGAGGAAUGCACAGCUGCAGCUGAGACACUGUUGCCUUUGGUGAGCUUGGAUUUAGUGAGGACAUCUGAGUAGAUCAUGGAUGGAUCUAACCCCAGAGCUGAAGCUCCUUCAGUGGAGCCCAGUGCCAAACUCUUCUGCUGUCGUUGUGUGAGGCGCUGCCUCCCGCUGGCUUACAGAGAGGAGAUCUACCACAUCCUGAGGAUGACUGGGCCCCUGCUUGUGUGCCGGUUCUUGAAUUUCCUUCUUUUCUUCGUGGUCACAAUGUUCUGUGGCCGCCUGGGGAACACUGUACUGGCAGGCUAUGCCAUGGCUUCAGCUACAAUAAAUGUGACUUCUGCAGCAACUGGAUUAGGGCUAACUUUGGCCUGUGAUACACUGGUUUCACAGACAUUUGGCAGUAAGAACCUGUUACAUGUAGGAGUAAUCCUGCAAAGGAGCAUUCUGAUCUUGCUGCUCUUCUCUCUUCCCUGCUGGGGUGUGCUUAUUAACACCCAGUCUCUCCUGCUCCUGGUGGGACAAGACCCCGACGUAGCCAGGGUAGCCCAGAUUUAUGUUGAGGCAUACCUUCCUGCUCUUCCAACUUUAUUUCUGCACCAGCUGCAGGUGUCUUACCUCCAAAACCAGGGUGUGAUUAUACCUCAAAUGUAUGCAUCUGUGGUGGCCAAUGUUGUGAAUGUGCUGAAUCACUACAUUUUGCUGUUUUGGUGGGAUCUUGGAGUACAUGGCUCUGCAGCAGCCAAUUGUUUGGCUCAGAUCUUUUCCUGUUUCAGUUUGUUUGCUUACAUUCGCUUUAAGAAACUCCAUGUUAAGACGUGGGGAGGCUGGUCCUCAGAGUCACUGCAGGAGUGGGGCAACUACAUGAAGCUGGCUAUUCCUAGUACAUUAAUGUUAUGCUUUGAAUGGUGGAUCUAUGAAAUUGGAGGAUUCUUAGCAGGAAUGCUGGGAGAAGUCGACUUGGCUGCUCAACAUGUGGUUAUAAUGCUGGCUUAUAUAAACUACAUGAUCCCAGCUGGUUUACAAGGUGCAGCUUGUGUGCGUGUGGGUAAUGCACUAGGAGCUGGAGAUACAGCUGGAGCCAUCCUCACUAGCAAAGUUUCUCUCAUCUGUGCAGCUGUAUUGGCAAUCAUUCAGGGUGUGGUGCUUGGUGCCACAAAAACAGUCGUUGGAUUUUUGUUCACUUCAGAUGAGACCAUAGCAGAGUUAGUUUCUGAACUCAUGAGCAUCUACUGCCCCCUUCAAUUCUUUAGUGGACUGUUGUGUGUUGGCAUGGGCAUAGUCCUGGGCACUGGGCAGCAGCGGAUUGCAGCCAUCGCUAAUCUAAUUGGAUAUUAUUGUAUUGGACUUCCACUAAGUAUCGCUCUGACCUUCCCAGCCAAGUUACAAGUCGCUGGCUUUUGGUGGGGCCUUUUUAUUGCUGUCUUCUUGCUAUCAAUCUUUUUCACUGUCAUCAUCUUCAAAUUAAACUGGAAGAAGAUAACAGAAGAGGCUGUUGAGCGUGCUGGAAGAGGGAAGAGCAGAGGCGUAAUGCUUCCAGAGUUUAGAUCCAGUCACCGGCUCUCCGAUAGCUUUUUCCUUGCACUCAGUAAUUUAGAGCUUCAGAAUCAGAAUGGCUAUAUAGCUGUUAGCUCUCAAGAUGCGGAUGAAGAAGGAGGUACUUCAGUGGCUCAGGAGAGUUUGAAAGAGACUCAGGAAGGAGGAAUGAGAAAAGAAAAUCAACUCUCCACCUCACAGAAGAGAUUGAGAGUGACUCAGGAAGGAGGAAUGAGCAAAAAAAAUCAACUCUCCACCUCUCAGCUCAUCAUCAGGAGAGGGAUGACUGCUCUGACUGCUGUCCUUAUCCUCAGUAUAGGGAUGACUGUCCAUUUCAUCCUGCCUCUGCCUGAGGUGGCUUCCAUCACCAAUAGCACUUUGGACUUCGAAAACUCGACUUUAUCUUCUCCCAUUGCCACAGAAAUAUUAUCUUUUUGAGACUGAUGGAUCCUUGCUGGAUAAUAAUUGAUCUUAUGUAGUGUAUUACCAUUAUAGUGUAUUGACCUUAGUGUCAUUUAGACUACCAGGAUAGGGAAUGUUAUAUAGACAACUUACUGCUGAAUUGUGAGAAUGUUAUCAAUUGACAUGAGGUAGAAAUACAAUGAAUUGUAAGUAAUACAGCAAAAUUGGUUGUUAUCUCUCUAUCUAAACAAAAUAACAUAGAAAAUAUAUGAAUAUGAAUAAUGGAAUGAACUGCAUAGACAAGGAACUAAUAUUGUCACUUGAAAUAAUUUAUUAAUAUGCAUUUCUGUAACUCUUGAAACAUAUAACAAGAGACUGUAAACCUACUGUAUGUAACAUUAUACCUUCAUGUAGCCUUUUGCAGUCUUCAUCACCUGAAGUCAGUGACAGAAUGAAUGUCCAUACAGUAAACUCCCUGUGACUAUUAACUCUCUAACGUGGCUUUAGGCCAACUGAGCACAUUACUACCGCUUCACUAAUACACUUAAAGCAAUCCCUACAGCCAGAAUAAUGAACAUAGCCAAUAGAGUCAGGCCUCUGCGGACCACCAAGACCCCUAAAGGUAGUGCGCUCCUCGUUGUAGUCAAGUUGGGCAGAUUCUCCGCCAGCAUCUCUGUUUCAGUGUGAGGGCCUCCAUUAGUCAGAUCUGCAUUGUUAGCCUGCUGUACUGUAUCUGCCAAUAAAAAGAUUCUGUUAAUGUGAUAAAA